GCGGGCGGAAGGCGGAAGCGGGGGCUUGCCCGAGAGGGAGUGAGGGGGCAAGUCAGAUGGAGGAAGAGGAGUGGCGGCGGCGGCAGGACCCCCCCUUCUCGUUGCUAGGUAACAGGACCAGGAUGGCUACCAGAUGGCUAUAACUUAACCUUCAUCAAAGCCACAGCAAUUCCGGGACACAGAACCACCAUGGAACACCUCAGGCCUGGGACUGAAGCUCAUUCUGAAGAGUUUCCUGAUUUGGGCAAGACUGUUCUGAGCCCUUGCAGCCUUUGUGAUGCAGGAUGCAGGAAGCAAAAUGUCCACUUCCAAAAAGUAUUGCUGUUGCAAAGCAUCUCCUGGCUAAGAAGAGCUCUUGAGUCUUCGGAAGGCUGAGGUUUUUAAGUCGGGAGAAAAGGUGCGAUGGAGACAAAAAUGCUUUGGAAUGGCAGUUGCGACCGCGAUAAUGGCAGCUUGCACUUUACUGACUAUAAAACUCCCAGUAAUGAAACUGGCUCCUGUAACUGUCCGAGAGAGAUGUCUGAUCUCUCCGCAGCUUAUUCAGAGGAAGGGAAUGACUUAUGCGGCUUCAGUUGUCAGCACUGGCAUUCAGGAUUCAAAGAGAAGGACCCGUCUACGCUGCUGUUAGGCCAAGAAGUAGAUGUUGAAGAUGGCCUGGCUACAAAAACCAAGGAAGAAAUCCCUGAUUGCACUCGGGCUCCUAGCGGAAGAAAAGUUGCCCGGCAACAAAGACAACGCUCUACUCCUAAAGACAAAGGAGAUGGUCACUUUGUACCCUCUGGGGGGAAACACAGACAGACUAGGAAGAGGAGUGAUGGUGGGCAUCAUCAUGUCCAAGCUGAGUUGCUGAAGCAUCUGGAAGGUUUGGCCUCAUUCUGCGUUUCUUGCUUCAGACUAUUCAUCAGUGUAAUUGUACAGGUCACCCUCCGGUGUGGUGAAGGGGUGGAAGCUGGUGGGAAGAUGCUGUAUUCUUGCUGCUUUUUCAGCCUUCAUGAUUUAAACACCAUUCAAACUGACAUGCAGGCUUGGAUCCAGCGUGGAAGGAUAGGGUGUCGAAAAUUGACCCGACAGUUAGCCUCAUGGCUGUCGCUAACUUACCGCCUGUUUAAGAUGCUCUGUGCUAUUCUCUUCCUGGUGCUUAUGCUUCUCCUGGGUAGUAUACGACUCUGCUGGAAGGUUUCCAAGUCAGUCCUACUCAAUAUUCUGAGUAGAAUGACUCAUACCAGCUAUGGAGCCUGGCUUCUUUCAACUAUUGAUUUCCCUCAAAUUGGGGUCCUCUUCAGAGAAUGCAGGAUUUGCAAAUGGAUGGCAAGUCUGCUGCUUAAGUGGCAUGCUGUCCUUUGGAUGCCCAAAGGAUUAAGGACCACCCAAUCAGGGAGUACUGCUCAGAAUGACUCUCCUGGUGGAUCAGGACCCUUCCAGCCUGGCGAAGAGGUGGCACGUUUGCUGGCCAUGGCACAUACCCCUGAAGAAGAACUCAAUCCUUUUCAGGUGUUGGGCUUAGACGCAACAGCUUCCGAUGUCGAAUUGAAGAGAGCCUAUCGGCACUUGGCAGUACUGGUUCAUCCAGACAAGAAUGAGCACCCUCAGGCAGAGGAGGCAUUCAAGGUACUGCGGGCAGCCUGGGAUAUUGUCAGCAAUCCAGAGAAGAGGAAGGAAUAUGAAAUAAAGCGCAUGGCAGAGACAGAGCUGACGAAGUCUAUGAAUGAUUUCCUUUCCAAGCUUCAGGAUGAUCUGAAGGAAGUCAUGAACACAAUGAAGUGUAACAAGUGCCAAGGGAAGCACAAGAGGUUUGAGAUGGAUCGUGACCCAUUGGAUGGCCGAUACUGUGCAGAAUGUAGUAAAUUUCAUGCAGCUGAGGAAGGUGACUUCUGGGCGGAAUCCAGCAUGCUGGGAUUGAAGAUCACAUACUUUGCCAUGAUGGAUGGGAAGGUUUAUGACAUCACAGAAUGGGCUGGUUGCCAACGAGUGGGAAUCUCUCCAGAUACGCAUCGAGUUCCCUAUCACAUCUCUUUUGGAUCAAGAGGCUCUGGAGGACGCCAGAGAGCUGCUUCAGACAGUAGCCCAGCUUCUGCUGCAGAACUACAGGACUUCUUCAACCGUAUCUUCCAAGGGAAUCCCGGGCAGAUGCCAAACGGGAACUUUUUCGGCACCCCUCAGCCCCCAGCCCCUGGGAAUGCGUCGACGCCUCCUGCCUCUUCUUCAAAAGUAGACAGUAGCUUCCAGAAGAGCGAUUCGAAGCAGAAACGGCGGAAAAAAGUGCGACGCCCCUUUCAGCGCUAAGGACCUGUCUGAACAGGAGGGAAAUCUCCCUGGUUUUUCAUCAGGUAGCAAAAGGGCUGUUUUAAAAAUUGAAAAAACAGUAUUCUUGAGAAGAGAUAAGCCUCCAGGCUCCUCUGGAACUCAUUUAUAACCCUGUAACUUCCAGUUGGAACAAAAUAUUCUCCCGUGCAGUCGUUAGUACGGAUCCUGUGAUACCAAAGAACUCCUUUGGAUAUUUUCCUGAAAGCACUUAACGAAAAUAAGGUGUGGAUAAUAUUGAGCCUUUAAGCAUCCAAUCAUAUGCUUUUAUAAUUGUCUAGCGCUCCUUCUCGGGCGGGGCUACAGCUUCCACCAGUUAUUUUAGUUGAUUGUUACUCUUGUCCACACUAAAGGCUUGGCCUGGAAAUCUCUCUUGUUUCAUUCCAAGGCUUUGAAGAAAAAUAAAAAGGUAGAGGAUGGCUUAGCGCCCAGGGAAGGCGUGGUUUGCCUGCGAUAACUUUUAGAGUGGACAGGAAAGGGGAGACCCUAUUCAGCAACUGUCUUCUCAUCCCAUCCUGGGAGUUCUGCCCCUAGAUUAAAUGGUGAGAGGAGAGCUACUCCCUGCCUGGAAUUUCCUUGUGUAAAAUGUUAAUUAAUUGCUUGCCAUGCAAAGGAAUUCAUCUGGAUUAAUACUUUUAGUAAAAAGGCCAGGGGAAAUGAAGAUGCACCCCAGUUAUUGUUACUUAUCGCUCAGGAUUAUGCCAAGUCAGCUUCUCCUUCUUUACGGAGACCCGAAUGUUGCCCAACUCCAUUGCAAGACUACUGAGAGGAGGUGUUUUGCACUACCAAGCGAUUAAAGAGCUCCUGGCUCUGGAGGUAAAAAUGACUGUUGUGUUCCCGAUGUUCUAAGGUGCUUGGUUUGCUCUUCCUGGAUCCUAGCAAGUACAUACUGUCUGUCUACACUGGCCUAAGACUGUGGUCAAGUCAAUUAUGAUAUGGGUGUGUUAGGUGACAGUUUUAGCACGGAUGGCUAGCUCUACAAUUGUUCAACCUCUUUUAUAGAAGGUUACUUUUUUAAAAGUUCAAAUUUGUAUGUAUAUACAUAUAUUUAAUACAAUGUGUAUUAUCCUUUCUAUAAAUACGUAUCAAUGCCUUGGA